AAAUAUCUGUAGUGACAAAAAUAUGCAUCUAUUUUAAUUUUAUCAAUAUUAAGCUAAAGUGGUCCAACUUUUUGCAAAUAUGUUCUUGAAGAUAAGACAAAACAAUGCAUCUUUUAUUAUUUUUUCUUGACUCUUUAACAAUUGCUAAAAGAGAAUAACUUCCCCAACAAACAAAUGAAGGGUAUUGAUGAUGCUAUGCAACAUCAUCUUCCAAUGAAGUGAUGAAACACAUAAAAAACAAGUUUGAAUUCAAAUAUGAAGCUUAAUUAUAUUUCUGCUGCAUCUACUUAUAUAAAUGAUGGUAAUCACUUCUCUUCUUCAGUUCAAAUUCUUCUCAAACCAUGUUGAUGCUUUUAACAUUCUCUAUCUUUCUAAAUCAAGCAUCUGUAAGCGCUUUUGAUCCUAUAAGCUUCUCUUUCCCGUCUUUUAAUUCUAAUAGUUGUGAUGAAGGUGGAGACCUCAUCUGUUCAGGUUCUGCUGUGGCUGGUGAUGGAUAUUUGGAUAUCACCCCAAGGGCUCUAGAUAAUGGCAGCUUAAAUUCCGUGCCAACAAAUACUGUUGGUCGUGUUCUGUAUAAGUAUCCUGUUCUUGCCUGGCCGGCAGGUUUCUCCACUACCUUUGAUGUUAGGAUAUCGACGAACCCAAAUGCAACAGGUUUCGGUGAGGGAAUGACAUUUAUCAUGGCACCUGACAGCAGUCCUUCGCCAGCCAACAGCCAUGGGUCGUUUUUAGGUCUCCUCAAUCGAAGUACUGAAGGUAGCACAAUUCAGCAACUAGCUGUGGAAUUGGACACUUUCCAGAACAAUGAGUUUGACCCUGACGACAACCAUGUUGGGAUAGACACAGUGAGCAUAAAAUCUGUUGUGACAUCCAGUCUCAACAACAUUGGUGUGAAUCUCAAAAGUGGAAGAUGGGUAAAGGUUAAGAUCGACUAUGAUGGGUGGGGGGAGAAACUCCAAAUUUCAGUGGCAUAUGCUGGCUCCCUUCUAGUGUCUGUUCUCAGUCUUUCAAUUAAAAUGUCAAAAACAGUUCCAAAUUGGGUUUAUGUGGGAUUUACAGGCUCCACUGGACUUGUGUCAGAGUCGCAUCAGAUUCUUAACUGGGUUUUCACUUCGUUCCCAUUACCAAAUUAUCCUACAAUUCAUGAUCCUAACAGCAAUCACAAGAUAAAAGAUAUUCUUGUAAUAAUCUUUCCUGUCCUGACUGGUGUGUUGCUGUUGGCCAUAUGCACGUAUGGAGUGGUAAAAACUUGCCGGCCAAAAUGCGUGGAUAACUCAAAGGAAGAAGACAUCGAGAGUAGGUCUCGGGUUGCUGCGAAUGGCCCCAAGAUUUUUAGUUUUAAGGAACUGUCAAAGGCCACAAAUAACUUCAGCAAAGAGAACUUAGUGGGGGCUGGAGGCUUUGGGAGUGUUUAUCGUGGCAUCAUAUCGGACUCGCACUCCACCGUAGCUGUCAAGAAGAUAUCAGCAGCUUCAAAACAAGGUGAACGGGAAUAUUUGGCAGAGAUAUGCACUAUUGGACGCCUAAGGCACAUAAAUCUCGUCCAACUUCUAGGUUGGUGUCAUGAACAUCAUCAGCUCCUCCUUGUCUACGAGUUCAUGCCUAACGGUAGCCUUGACCGCUUCAUCUGCAAUGGCUCCCUGGACUGGCACACUAGAUACAAGAUCUUAACAGGGUUGGCAUCCGCAUUAUUGUAUCUCCACAAAGAGUGUGGUAGUGCUGUUGUUCAUCGUGACGUUAAGCCAAACAACGUGAUGUUGGAUUCCGAGUAUAAUGCCCAUUUGGGUGACUUUGGGUUAGCAAGGUUACUCCCAGAUGAAGCUUCAUUAACAACAAAUGUUGCUGGCACUCUAGGAUAUUUAGCACCAGAAUGCGGUUAUACUGGCAAAGCUACACUAGAAUGUGAUGUCUUCAGCUUCGGAAUUGUCGUACUUGAAGUUUUGUGUGGAAGGAGAUGUAUCAGUACAAUGGAAGAAAAAAGCUUAGUCGAUCACGUAUGGGGUCUCCAUGGAAAAGGUGAAUUGUUGCAGUGUGUGGAUCCAAAGCUUAAAAACAACUUCAAUCAAGAUGAAAUGUUGACUGGUUUAUCUAUUGGCCUCGCGUGUUCACAUCCAGACCCAUCUUCACGGCCUAGUGUUCGGAAAGUCGUUCAGCUUUUCGUGAACCCAAAUGAACCUCUAAUGGAUUUGCCAAAGUUUCGAUCUAACUCUGGUUAUCUGCCUAGCAGCUCUGUUUCUUCUGUCUCUACAACAAACCUUUUGGGGUUAAGCAUUGCCUCUAGUUCAUGCUCGUCUAUGACAGUUCAGGAAGAAGCAGUCGUCCAGUAUGGCAGGAAGAGGAUCUGCCGUCCGGUGUCCUUAAGAUGCCAUAAUGUGGCAUCAUUUUGAAGUUUUAAAUUGGCCUAAUCAAUAUCAGUUGGUUCAGAAUUCUAAGAUGACAUAGUUCCAAUAAAUAAUUGAU